AAUCAAUACAAUAAAAUUUCCAUCAUGAAGACCAUCAUUUGCAUCGUCGUCCUGGCCAUCAUUGGCCACGCUUCCGCUCUGCCAGUUGGGCUCAGCCCAAUAACUACUUCCGGUACCAUCAUCCGAUCGGACUUGGGACUUCCAUCGCUGAUUCGAUCGGAUCUAGGAAUCUCCACUGGUCUGCCAUUGGCCACCAUCCCGGCUUCAACCAUCAAUCUGGCUUCGGGAUUGCCAGCGGCCGUUUCAAUCCGCUCUGCUGCUGCUGCUCCAAUUGCUCUCUCUGGACUCUCACCUAUCACUCUGAGCGCUCGAGCUCCGAUUGGUUCAAUUCUGCCACUGACCGCCGGAAGUCCCAUCAUUUCCACCAACAGCGGCAUCCUUCGUACGGUUCCACUCGGUGGUUCCGUGAUUUCUCACGGAUCGAUCAAUUUGGCUCCAGCCACUCAGAUUUGGUAAACUAUUAAAUAUAUUGAAAAAUGAAAU